AUGGCUAGUGUUGUGUCUCACCAAGCGAUCGGGUCUAUUGUCUCUCAUAGACAAUCCAAUUUCAAAGCUUCUCACUUUAUAAAGGAGCAGCCUUUGAAUGUGACCAUGAAACUCAGACACAGAGGAUUCAAAAUCGAAGCAACAGCUUCUCAGAUUCCGGUUCUUGACGACACUCUCCUGUCUCCGUCCAAGAACAUCCCUCUCUCAUACAAGAAGAAAUCAAAGGAAGCAUCUUUGAUAUUGAUUAGGCAUGGAGAGUCGUUAUGGAACGAGAAGAAUCUAUUCACUGGCUGUGUUGAUGUGCCGUUGACAGAGAAAGGUGUGGCGGAAGCUAUUGAAGCUGGGAGGAGAAUCAGCAACAUUCCUGUAGAUUUGAUCUUCACUUCAUCUCUCAUCCGUGCUCAGAUGACUGCAAUGCUCGCUAUGACUCAGCAUCGCUGCAAGAAGGUUCCGAUCAUCUUGCAUGAUGAGAGCGAAAAGGCGCAAACUUGGAGUCAUGUUUUCAGCGAAGAGACUCGGAAACAAUCCAUCCCUGUUAUAGCCGCUUGGCAGCUCAAUGAGAGAAUGUAUGGAGAGUUACAGGGUUUGAACAAGGAAGAAACAGCGGAGAGAUAUGGAACGCAGCAAGUUCACGAGUGGCGUAGGAGUUAUCACAUUCCUCCUCCUAAAGGAGAGAGCUUGGAGAUGUGUGCUGAGAGAGCUGUGGCUUAUUUUGAAGACAAUAUUCAACCAGAGCUUGCAUUUGGGAACAACGUAAUGAUUGCUGCUCAUGGGAACUCGCUGCGGUCUAUCAUCAUGUAUCUUGACAAAUUAACUUCUCAGGAGGUUACAAGCUUAGAGCUAUCUACAGGUCUACCGUUGCUCUACAUCUUCAAAGACAGAAAAUUCAUGAGACGAGGAAGUCCGGUUGGUCCUACAGAAGCCGGUGUCUAUGCUUAUACCAAGAAAUUGGCGCAAUACAGAGAGAAGCUUGACGAGACCCAAACAGUUACAAACUAA